AUGUAUCUACUAGAUAAAUUAAAUUAGUUGAUAAUAGAAUUUCUUAGGUAUCUGUAGUUAAAAUUUACAUUAGUUUUGAUUUUGGGUAGAAGAGGGAAUUACAGAUUUAGUUAAUAAAUUAUUCCUCUAGAAAAAUGAGAAUGAAUAAAGAAGAAAUAAUGUAUCAUUAUGACAUAUUAUUGAAAAGUAUUUAAAAUGAAAAGGGAGAAAAAAAGAGAAAUGAUUUAUGCAAAAAUAAAUUGAGGAAAUUAGAUUUGAGAUAAUGA